AAUCAGGCACGCUGCAGGGAGGAGGGUGCGACGUUCAAAGAGCCCGCGGAGUCUUCUCCACGCCCCUGCGCUCUGAGUCCUGAGUCUGUCGCUGAGAGAGAGACGCCCUGGAAGGUCUGUAUCAGCGUCUGUCUCGCCGGGACCCACACUGGACGCUGGCUUAUAGGGAGGACACCCGGACACCAAGAAGCCGGGAAAUGGACUCAGUGGCCUUUGAAGAUGUGGCUGUGAACUUCACACAAGAGGAGUGGGCUUUGCUGGGUCCAUCACAGAAGAGUCUCUACAGAAAUGUCAUGCAGGAAACCAUUAGGAAUCUGGACUGUAUAGAAACGAAAUGGGAGGACCAGAACAUUGGAGAUCAGUGCCAAAAUCCCAGGAGAAAUCUAAGAAGUCAUACAUGUGAAAUUAAAGAUGAUAGUCAAUGUGGAGAAACUUUUGGCCACGUUCCAGAUAGUAUUGUGAACAAGAACACUCCUCAAGUAAAUCCAUGUGACAGCAGUGGGUGUGGAGAAGUCGCCAUGGGUCAUUCAUCUCUUAAUUGCAACAUCAGAGUUGACACUGGACACAAAUCAUGUGAGCAUCAGGAAUAUGGAGAGAAGCCAUAUACACAUAAACAACGUGGGAAAACCAUCAAUCAUCAGCAUUCCUUUCAGACACAUGAAAGGCCUCCCACCGGAAAGAAACCCUUCGAUUGUAAAGAAUGUGCAAAAACCUUUAGUUCUCUUGGAAACCUUCGCAGACACAUGGCGGCACACCAUGGAGAUGGACCUUAUAAAUGUAAGUUGUGUGGGAAAGCCUUUGUUUGGCCCAGUUUAUUUCAUUUGCACGAAAGAACGCACACUGGAGAGAAACCGUAUGAAUGUAAGCAGUGUUCCAAAGCCUUUCCUUUUUACAGUUCCUAUCUAAGACAUGAGAGAAUCCACACGGGAGAGAAAGCGUAUGAAUGUAAACAGUGUUCCAAAGCCUUUCCUGAUUACAGUACCUAUCUAAGACAUGAAAGAACUCACACCGGAGAGAAACCCUAUAAAUGUACACAAUGUGGGAAAGCCUUCAGCUGUUACUAUUACACUCGACUCCACGAAAGGACUCACACGGGAGAACAACCCUAUGCGUGUCAGCAAUGUGGGAAAACGUUUUAUCAUCACACAAGCUUUCGAAGACACAUGAUAAGGCACACUGGAGAUGGACCUCAUAAAUGUAAGAUAUGUGGGAAAGGCUUUGAUUGUCCUAGUUCGGUUCGAAAUCAUGAAACGACUCACACUGGAGAGAAACUCUAUGAAUGUAAGCAGUGUGGGAAAGUUUUAUCUCAUAGCUCAAGCUUUCGAAGUCACAUGAUAACACACACAGGAGAUGGACCCCAGAAAUGCAAGAUAUGUGGGAAAGCCUUUGGUUGUCCCAGUUUAUUUCAAAGACACGAAAGGACUCACACUGGAGAGAAACCCUAUCAAUGUAAACAAUGUGGUAAAGCCUUCAGUCUGUCCGGUUCCCUUCGAAGACAUGAAGCAACUCACACUGGAGUGAAACCGUAUAAAUGUAAAUGUGGGAAAGCCUUUAGCGAUCUCUCUUCCUUUCAAAAUCAUGAGACAACGCACACUGGAGAGAAGCCGUAUGAGUGUAAGGAAUGUGGGAAAGCGUUCAGUUGUUUCAAAUACCUUUCUCAGCAUAAAAGGAUCCACACAGUAGAAAAACCUUAUGAGUGUAAAACAUGUAGGAAAGCCUUCAGUCAUUUCAGUAACUUAAAAGUCCACGAAAGGAUUCACUCUGGAGAGAAGCCGUAUGAAUGUAAGGAAUGUGGGAAAGCAUUCUCUUGGCUCACUUGCCUUCUAAGACAUGAAAGAAUUCACACUGGAGAGAAACCCUAUGAAUGUCUCCAAUGUGGUAAAGCCUUCACUCGUUCCCGUUUCCUUCGAGGACAUGAAAAAACUCACACUGGAGAGAAGCUGUAUGAAUGUAAGGAAUGUGGGAAGGCACUGAGUUCUCUCCGUUCCUUGCAUAGACAUAAAAGGACUCACUGGAAAGAUACUCUGUAAAUGUAUGGAAUGUGGGAAAACAUUCAAUACUUUUAUUCAAUUUCAGAAACUGAAAGAACUCACUUUGGAGACAGACCCUAUGAAUGUAAACACGGGAUAAAGCCUUAAGUAGUUUCAAUUUUUUUUUUUUUUUUUUUUUUUUGAGACGGAGUCUCGCUCUGCCGCCCAGGCUGGAGUGCAGUGGCCGGAUCUCAGCUCACUGCAAGCUCCGCCUCCUGGGUUCACGCCAUUCUCCUGCCUCAGCCUCCUGAGUAGCUGGGACUACAGGCGCCCGCCACCUCGCCCGGCUAGUUUUUUUUUUUUGUAUUUUUAAAGUAGAGACGGGGUUUCACCGUGUCAGCCAGGAUGGUCUCGAUCUCCUGACCUCGUGAUCCGCCCGUCUCGGCCUCCCAAAGUGCUGGGAUUACAGGCUUGAGCCACCGCGCCUGGCCGUAGUUUCAAUUUUUUAAAUACAGUUAUCCCCCAAUAUAUUGCAAGGGAUUGGUUCCAGCACCCCCUAAAUCCACAGAUGUCAAGUCCUUUGUUAUAUGGCAUAUUUGCAUGUAACCUAUGCACAUCCUCCUGUAUACUGUGUAAGUCAUCUCUAGAUUACUUUUAAUACCUCAUGCAUUGUAAAAGCUAUGUAAAUAGUUGUUUGAUUGUAUUGUUUAGAGAAUCCUGACAAGAAAAAUAGUCUCUACGUGUUCAACGCAGACACAACCAUUGCAGGCCCACCUACAGAGUAUAUGUCACCCAGAACAUUAAAAUUUCUUCGUUUUAACAUUCA